UACACACGUGUGUCGUCACUAAUAUGCGCCGAAGAGACUUGUGAAAAGGAGAUUUGGGAAAAUUACCCAACAAGUCGAGAGAGGAAGUCAUCAUCCAGGAUUUAAAUGCAGUUUGUUUUCUUUGAAGGGCCGAACACCUUAAGUGAAUGCAGCAUGCGGCUAACACGGUAAUCUCAUCCCGGGUCGGCUGCUCUGCGUGUAUUUCCAGUACACUGCUGCUGCCGUGUGGUUUAACGUUACUACCGCUAGCAACUAGUGAGUCAUAUUAUCACAAACUGGUGAGGACACACUGGUGAGUGCGGUUAACGCUGCUAGCAGAGCACCCCCAACUAGCUAACGGUACCUGGAAAUAGAUGAAACUAUAUCUGGUUAAAGCUACUCUGGGGCCACCGUCGACCACAAGCAGGCUGCUGUUUCUCAAAGUUCAAGCCAACUUAGCGUUAGCAGAAACGAUGCACUGAGAGCUAACUUCGUCUCUUGGUCAAAGAGCCAACAACGGCAGAAUGUGGCUUUAGCUGGACUCAUCAGAUGGAGGAGUUCACAGCAGUCAUCCCAUCUGCUGCUUUCUAAACUUCAGCUAUUGUGCCUUUUAUUAAACUUGUGCUCCUGUAACUGUGCUAGCCAUGGCUUCUCGCAGUGUUGAUGAGCCACCAAGUGAUACCAGGAAUUUACCAUCAGUCUCCGAACAGCCUUCAAGAUGUUACCCAGAUGAUGUCGCGGGAGAGCUUCAGCCAGACACCAUGAAUGCAACAGUGAAAUCUCAAAAAUCUGGAAAAUUCAGGAGGACUGCCUUGACAUUUUUCGGAGUUCGUAAAAGUAUCUGUAUUCUACCAAGCUUUUUUGGAGGAAGGAGCAAAAAUCAGAACAAGUGGUCCUCUAAGAAAGGAAUCAGCAAAAGCAAAACCCAUGACGGGCUGUGCAAAGUCAGUCAGGAUGAUGGUCUAAGAAGCGGGUAUGCCUCAGCUGGAGAUUUUGAGUACCACAGCCAGAGGGACACUGUGGGAGAGCUCCACAGUAGCUGUAGCAAUGAAUGUAGUCAUCCUGCUGCUGAGCAGAAAUCACUGACUCUUGGUCGGCAAAAAAAGGGUUUGAGGAGUCUUUUUCACAGUUUUAAGCAUCACAGAAAUCACAGAAAUGAUGGAUUGGCUAAAACUGAAGUGAUUGCAAUGUCCUCUCCUCACUGCAAGAAAGAGGUGCCUGUUGUCCGGGACAUCAGCCAGUUUGUCACAGAGUGCCUGGGAUCUGAACCCAAUGUGCCUGAUUUUGUAGACGUCACAAGUGAUAUUUCCAUUGGUCCUGAACAUAAUGAGGCCGAUGUGCAGUCAGUGUUAGAGAGGAGUCUGGAGAAAGAAAGCCCAAAGUCAGAGGUUGACGAGCAGGUGAGUGAUGAUCAGCUGGAGGAAAUGAAUUUGAUAGCCGUAGUCUCCAGUGAGUAUGAGGAGCCAGCUAGAGGACAUAGCGAGCCCUGUCUGAAACUUCAGAUGAUGUCGGAGACGUCCGAAACACCGGCUGGCUCGACAGAUCAACUGGACAUGAUUUUUGGGGAUGUCGCGUCAUUGAAAAGCUUCGACUCCCUCACUGGCUGCGGGGACAUCAUUGCAGAUCAAGAAGACGACAGCAUCACAGAGAGUACAGUCUCUGGAGAGAGGAGCAGAAAUGGAGGAAAGAGGGCUUCUUGUUAUCUUACUUACCAGGGAGGCGGCGAAGAAAUGGCCUCACCUGAGAAUUUGGAUGAAACUUGUCUUCAGGAUUUCUGGGGGAACAAUAGUUCAAAGGAGGUCUGCUACAGUUGCAAUCAAGACCACACAGACGUGACUGCUGAGCUGACAACAUCCCACAAUAUGGACUUGCUGAAUAGUAGCAGCGGACAGCAAGCCGGUGGCAUGGACUCCUCCUCAAUUGCUGAUGUAUUAACUCCUCAAAGUGAGCAUCAGGAGUCAGUUCCAAAUAGUGAUGAGGGCUACUACGAUUCAACUACACCAGGGCCAGAGGAAGGACGAGAAAAAACGGACAGAUUUCAAACAGAAAGGCUACCCAGGGACAGUUACAGCGGCGAUGCCCUUUAUGAACUUUUUGCGCCUGACGAAAGUCUCGUGAGCCCACGUUAUGAAAGCAAAUCCAAACUUCCCAUUUCAAAACAGGGUGACUAUUCAAGUCAACCAGCUGAUGUUACAGAUUCAGCCUUUGUCCCAGAAAUGAACAAAUUACAAAUAAGUGCAGAAUUAUAUAAAGUUCAUGAUUUUCUGGAGAUGCCCAGCACAUGCAGUAACUCCUUGGAGUUAGCACACAGCGUGGUUUGUCGGCCAGAAAUUGCUAUGAAUAAAAACUGUAACUUGAACUCAAAAGCUCAAGCUUCAGUCAGAGUAGAUCAUAUAGAGCUGCAUAUAUAUGAUCAAAAAGAAGAUAUGCUUGCUUCCAGCGAAAAAAGAGCCAAAUCCAUAAAUGCUGACACCGAGAAAAGGCAUAGCAGCUUAUCAUUCCAAAGCAUGUCUGACCCAGACUUUGAAACGUUUUGUGAACCCAAAGAGGAACAUCUCGAGGAAAACAAGCCUGUGGCUUUACCGUACCGAAAUAUCACUUCUCCGUCUGAAGAUUCUAACAACGACAUGGACGAUGGGCAAACUGUGUGUUUUUCGCAGGCACUCGUGGACUUCACAAAACACACUCAAAUGUUGAACAACUUGCACGACAAUGUGGAUGACUUGGAGACAAAUUCUGCCAUCACUCCAAAUGUGGAGGCCUUGCCUACCAUAGUCACGUUUGAUGUAGUGGAUAUGCAUAAUGAAGGUGAAUAUGAUGAGCAGAUUCACAUGGAACUGGAGGAGGACAUUUCAUCGCCCUAUCAGGAAUUUGAGGAAAGCUAUCUACAAAAGGAUGCAUUUGCUGAAUGUGACUAUCAGAUGUUAGACCUAUAUGAACAGAACAUGAUCAGUAAUACAUGGGCGGUUGCCAGUCUCCCACGGCACCUCGGCCUUACAAGAGUCAGUCAGUCCAUGCCUAACCCAUUGUCUCUAGAGAGGAGAAGUAGGUCUCUGGACACAGAAAGCCUUGAGUUGAAGAUGCCUGACACAUACAGAGAGAACAGAGAUGCUAUCGUUUCCUGUCCUCAGACAGAAGAGGACUUGGAGAGAGAUGCCUCACCAUAUUACAAGAAGAAUGUAGUCGUGUCUGCAUCAGAAGUUCGACACAGCAGCAACACUAUGGCCUUAUCGUGGCAAACGAGGUCAGAAAUGGCUUUGAGCCUUCCUCUGACAGAUGGGGAAAUCAGUGAAAAGAUGCAGAGUCUCAGUCAAACCCAAGUACAUAAACACAAUAUAUUCUCUGUCACAUCCAGCAGUGAAUCCCAGCGUCUUUGCUCUAAUAUGUUGGACAGCAUCUCCUGUGAUUUACUUUCACCGAACACUGAGCUUUACAAUAGACAGUGCCACCCUCCUUUGCAGUUAGAGUCCUGUUUACCUCAUAGCACUUUUGUUUAUUCUGGAAUGAUGGAGGACGCAGCCGAUGAUAUUGAUGACAACGUUUUUUGUCAGACUGCCACUAAUUUGCAAUCCUAUAAUCAGUGUGGUAAAAGUCACCAGGUUGCAAUGUCUCAUACUGGGAGUCCUCUGAGCACAUGUGUGUCUAAGGAUGAAAUGUCCACCAUCAGUGAAACAAGAACACCGAGGGAUGUAGUGUGACCUGUAGCCUGCAACAAUCUUCCUGAGGCAACCUUGAAGUGGAAGGCUCUCAAUUUUUUUUAGUCAUACAGAUAUUAUAACAUGUAUAUUUGCCAGCGAGUGUUUUUAUGGUCAACCAAUAGAGGAAUGGUUGUUCAAUUUUUAUUUGCACAGCUGCUUCCAUUGAAAGGUUGUUGACACUGUGAUAGAAUGGAAGUGGAAUGAAGUUUGGGAGUGGGUGACAUCAUUAGCACAAUGCUCGGAAGUCAGAUUUUUCUGACUUUAUUCAGAUUUUUCUGAAUUUUCUGCAUUUGCACAGUGAACAGUAGGUUAUGUCAAACUGGUUACAUAUAUGGUAGUCCAUCAAAGGCAUUUAAGGGAGUAAUUGUUUCAUUUGCAUUUGUAUCGAAUCAUCUCAUUAAGCUAUUGAAUUUCACUAGAAUGUUCAUGCCCACGUGUAGCCUCUGCAUCCAGGCCUCAACAAUAAUGUCAUACUUCGUUUUAGUGGGUAUUCAUUAGCCUGGUGUCCAGGCUGACCAAGUCCUGCUUACUUUGCCAGUUGCCUCUAAACACAUGAAUGCUUAUGCUUUUAAUGCCAGCUUAUGUUUGUAUUUCCUUUUCUUGCUUUUCCACAGCCUAUUGCUCUCAUGAGGGUUAUGUUAGUCCCUCUAUGCUAUUUUUUUGCCAUACUGGUUUAAGGAAAAGACAAAAAGAAGUGUUAGAGAGAAGCACCUCCAUGGGGUAUAUAUGAAUCACAUUAAGCUGUUUCUAUUUUUAUCUUAAUCUCAAAAUGCAGGUAAUUCUUACCAGAUCCAGAACAAGAUGAGCAGGUAUUAGAAAUGUACAGACAGUCAUAGUUCAUGCUUCAGCUGCUAUUUGCUUUACAUACUGUAGAUAGCUUUGCAGAGCAAAGCUACAUUAUUUGUAUAGCACAUUUUACAUGCAGAUACCCUGUUUGUGAAAAUGUUCUGCAGUAGUGCGUGUAGAAACAGCUAAGAAGUUAAAUAUGUUUAAAAAAAAUGGUUAGAGGCAACAAAAUUAAAGGGAAAAAGCUACUAUCAGCCACAAGCUUAAUGUUUGUUUGUAGACUGACAAUCCAAUCUGGCCUUUUUUUCUGUUUAGUUUUUUUGUGUGUGUGUUGUUUUGUUUUUGGCUUAUUUUGCAACAGCUUGACCACCUGUGAAGUGCAGAAUUCUUACUAAAAUGUUGCACUCCAUAUUUGUGCUACUGUAAGCUUGCAGAAUGAACAAAUGGCUUAGUUUUUGUUUUUUAUUUUUCUUUUUAAUAUAAACUGCUAUUUUGUCCAUGUAUCAGUUUGUUGUGCAUUACUGUUUGUUCAGUCAGAGGUUAAAUUGUCAGAUGAUUGUCAUAGAUUUUUUUUUUUAACAGUAAUAUUAAAAGAAAUGUCAGAGAAUUUGUAUUUAUAUUCUAAGCUAUUUGUACACUGUAACAUGUAAUCUGGAUUAUUGCAAAUUCCUUUUUUUUUUUUUUGUAAUAGUUUUACAGUUACAUUCAAUUCAUGUUACAGUGGGAAAUUUCUCUUGAAAAUCUGUUACUUAUUGAAAUGGAAACACUGCCUUACGUAAAAAAUAAAGAAGCCAAAACGUU